AUGGAGAAGGGCGCCGUGGAACCGAAGACCCCGGAACGACCGCAUGGGACGGCAAGAGAAGCAUCACUUUCCGACGACGAUGACCUUCACUCGAUCUCUCAGCGAUCGGGAAACACCCAGACGGCCCCAGGCAAGGAUGCCGAAGACCAGGUAAUGCCCGAGUCACAAGCCGAAGAGUUCGCCAGAGUGGUGCCCAGGCUCAAGCGACGGGGCCUCUUCGGCCAAAUCACCUUGGUAGACGAGGUCGAGAACCCAAAGGCCUAUCCAAGGAACAAGAAAUGGCUCAUCACGUUUGUUGUCGCUGUCGCCGGCUCUGUGGCUCCCAUGGGCAGUUCAAUCUUCUUUCCGGCCCUCACGCAGGUCGCCGACGAGCUCAAUUCAACAACAACAAUCACGAACUUGACCAUCUCGCUGUAUAUGCUGAGCAUGUCCAUCUUCCCGUUGUGGUGGUCGUCCUUCAGUGAAAGGCUUGGACGACGGACAAUCUAUAUAACGUCCUUUGCACUCUUCGUGGUCUUCAAUGUCCUCUGCGCUGUGUCCAACUCCAUCGCCAUGCUCAUCGUGAUGCGUCUACUCAGCGGAGGCGCCUCAGCCUCUGUCCAGGCCGUCGGCGCAGGGACAAUCGCCGAUAUUUGGGAAGCCCGUGAGCGAGGUCGUGCCAUGGGCAUCUUCUAUCUUGGUCCACUGUGCGGCCCAUUGAUAGCACCCAUCGUCGGAGGAGCCCUGGCCCAGCGCUGGCACUGGCGGAGCACAAUGUGGUUCUUCUCAGCCUAUGGCGGCAUCGUCGUGAUUCUCAUCCUUUUUGGCCUGCCCGAAACCCUAUCCAUAUCAAAACCCAUCCUCCCAGAACCCAGGACCGGCACCGCCGACCAAGACGAACCCCUCGGCCGCCGCUUAAGCCGGGUCUCCUCGCGUCAAGUCAUCGGCGCAACAGCCCGCUGGCUCAAACUCCUCAAGAUAAUCUUCAUCGACCCCCUCAAGAUAAUCCUCUACCUCCGCUAUCUCCCCGUUCUCCUAACAGUUUACUACGCCGCCAUAACAUUCGGCUCCUUGUACGUCCUCAACGUCAGCAUCGAGCACACCUUCGGCGAACCACCCUACAACUUUGACACCCUCAUUGUCGGCCUCCUCUACAUCCCCAACUCCCUCGGCUACAUGGUCUCAAGUAUCUUCGGCGGCCGCUGGAUCGACAGUAUCAUGGUCCGCGAAGCUAAAAAGGCCAACCGCUAUGACGAAAACGGGAAACUCGUCUUCCGCCCCGAGGACCGUAUGCGCGAGAAUGCCUGGCUCGGCGCUAUGCUCUACCCCUCUGCUCUCAUCUGGUAUGGCUGGACCGCGGACCGUGGGGUGUUUUGGCUUGCUCCCAUGAUAGCAAACUUCUUCUUCGGCAUCGGCAGCAUGCUAAUCUUCAGCAUGGUAACAACAAUGUUGACCGAGUUCAUGCCGCGGAAAUCCUCCGAGGGCGUGGCGCUGAACAACUUCAUGCGUAACAUCUUCUCGUGUGUAGGCUCGUUCGUUACGGCGCCAAUCAUCAACGCCAUUGGCAACGGCUGGCUGUUUACAAUUAUUGGUCUUGUGGCGUUUGCUAGUAGUGGGGUUAUUGUUGUCAUGAAGGUUUUUGGACCAAGGUGGAAGGCAGGCAUGGAUGCGCUUAUGCAGUGA